CGUGCGGUGCAGUACGUCCACUCAUCUCUCCUGCGCUGGCUCGUGUUUACCAAACAGUUCUGUAUUUAGCAGCAUUUUGGUCAUUUCCCUUCCUACAGUCCGGUGUACGUUGCAGAAGACAUUCCGGAGAAUUCCUGAGACCCGCCGCUGUAUUUCAGAAAGACGACUAAACACCAAUGCAGAAGGUGUAGCCUGGUCUGCAGCACAAUGAAUCUUGGUUCUAAAAACAAGAAGCGUGUGGUUCUGCCGAGCCGUCCAGAGCCCCCCACUGUGGACCAGAUCCUGGAGGACAUCAACAGAGCCCCCCUCAGUGACCCGGUCUUUAACAUCCUGGAGAAGACUGGACACGACGGGUCGGACAGCGAUGUGGACCUGAGGUUCCGGCAGUGUUCUCAGUAUCUGGACCUGACGGAGCGGCUGCAGGAGGCUCGGGGCCGGCUGCAGCUGCAGAGGGAGGGGCUGCAGGUGGCGGGGGAGCGGCUGCAGAGCGACGUGGCAGAGGUCAGAGGUCAAACCCUCUGACCCGACUCUGUCAGAGACUCUCCUCUGCUUCUCUACUGGGACAUUAACUGACUGUUUUCAGUCCAGAGGGAUGGUGGUUCAGCUAGAUCAGUCAGACCUACCCGAGUGCCCUUCAGCCAAAUAGCCCAGUGUAGGCAGCUCCUGACCUCGGGAAACAUGUGAGGGUUGUUGCUGACGGUAAGAGCGGAUAGAAUGAAGGUAAAAAUUACAAUAAGGCUGAGAUCUUGACUGAUACAAUGGUUACAGACAUUAUCAACUGAAGUUGCAGUUUACUUCUUCAAUCAAUACUAGACAUAUUGCCAUAAAAUCACAAACUGACCAAUUACUAGUUCAAUUGGGUCGAUUUCUGCUUUUGCUGGUUACGAUCUUAAACUGGUGUGAUUAUGAUUACUUUUUUGUUUGACUGGGAAGUUGAUGUGUUUUAGGGGAGACGGGGCACAGUGUCACACCAAAGCACUGCUGGAUCUCUGCGUCAUGUUGGAUCAUCACAUCAAAAAAGGCGACAGUGGCAGUAAAAGAGUGGUAUAUCACUUCGCUGUUUAAGUAAAUAUCCAACUGGUUUGCAAAAACUUUACAGUAUGAAGUGAUGUUAUAUUUGUCAUGCUAUGAUGGACAGCUAACAUAUUCUCAGAUAAAGUCUUUAAUAGUUGAGAAUGUGAUUAUACUCAAUCAAAAAUAAAUGUAGCAAUUUUAGCGUUUGUCGUUAAUCCGAUCUAACUACAGUUUUGCAAUGUGUUUUUACUGAGCGUAAGGUCAAUAUUUGCCUUGUUAUUUUCACCAGGUGAUUGUUCAGUCGUGUAAAUUCCCAUAUCUCAUUGUUUUCCUAAAUUAUUCUGUACAAUUCUGAAGUUCCUACAUUUUCCAUACAGUGCAAAUGUUAAACAGUCUCAUCCUGAGCUCUGAGGACAGGAAGGUUUUUGCAGCAUCAAACCUCUAUGGUGCUGAAGAGCCCCCAUUGUUUUGAAUUGUCUGCAUGGUGCAGUUAAGAUGGCGACAUGUGUUAUUGCACUUUAAAUUUAAGUUUUUUCUCAAGUCCAUCUUAAGUUUUACCAGGUUUUUCUUGCAGUAAUGUAUGUUCAUAUGAGAUAUUGACAAUGCUCUUCCAAUAUAAGUGAUGAAAGACAAAACCUACCGCUAUUUGAAGCUAUCAUGACGCUUCAGCAGGUUACCAAAUAUAAUCAAGUAUAUUAUUUCUAUUCAAAUAUAAUACAUGUAUUUUAUCAGUGCUUUUAGUGCAAAAUCCAUUAAUGGUUUAAAUAAGCUUAUAUUUUUUCAUUAAAAGAGGGCUGAGGAUUUUGUUCUCCAUCAAUUUCAUUAAAAGCACGUUAAGGAGAGUCCAAAAAAGAAUACAAAUCUCCAUCCUGAAUAAAGCGCCGUUCGAAGCCCAAUCUUCAGUUCCUCACUGACAGAAAUAUUGUAUCUAGGAAAUUGAAAAAUCCGCUUUCUUUUGUUAGUACUGGAUCUUUCAACAGCCUGUAUGAGCUGGAGGCAACAUCGAACAUUAUCGUGACCAAAACAUGUUUUUACUGUUUGGAUCGACACCUUACUUUUGUUUUAACUGAUUUAAAACAUUUUGAACCUUAAUCCAAACCUUUACCUUAACUGUAAUACCUCAUAACAAACAAAGUAUAAAGCUUAGUUUUACAAGCAAAACAACAAGCUGUAUUUAAAACCAGCGUACCAAUUCAACACUGCUCACAAAUACCAUGUGCUGAUGCCGCUAGCCGUCAACUUCUAAUGUGACAUCACUUGUCACUACUUCACAUUAUUAUGUUGAGGUUACUUGUACAUAUUUCACCUCCUAAAACUGGCCUCAUGUUCAGUCUAAACCUCUUUAUUAACAAGACGCAUUGAAUGUCUCACUACUAAAUAAAAAGCACCAUGUUGAUGACG